CGGCGGACCGAUCCAGCGCACGUCUCAAUGGCAACGAGAUUCCUCCCCGCCGGCCACACUCCCCUCUAAUACAUCCUUCCCUCUCGCCCUCCGUCGCCUUUGCUUUCAACGCCACGGCACGCGACACGUCAUGCCUCACACCAGCCACAAGAAGAAGACUAAGAAAAGGCAUGUCACCGUAGAUGAAGACGGAUGGACAAAAGUCAUAACAACCACAACAUCCACUGGCUCCCGAAUCCCAAAUGUCAGUCAACCUCUCCCCACAGCGUCAGACUCCCAGCAACUGGCUUUCAGCUGGAGCAUCGACGACAAACAUGUUUCCUUUGACAUGACAUUACCGGCGGCGGUGGCAGCGCCGUCAGACAUGACAGUCGACCAUCUGGACAAGAGAUUUCGAGCCGUGGAAGCGAGAUGGCUGGAAAGCGACAGUUGGGCUGGUUUGGAGGAUGUAUUGCGACAGACCACAACAAAGGACCAGCAAACCAUCCUCCACAUCUCCACGUGCAUCCUCAUCGGAUCUGGUAGUUGUUCGACGGCACCUUCAGGUCGCCAAGAGGUGACCUUCUACCAAGUGGCCGCGUUCAAGGCUGCUGUCGAUUUGAUCCGUCGGUUACAAAAAGCCCCGCCGGUCGUGUAUGCGCAAGAACCUCUGUACAAUGACCUGGACGCCCAGUUUCUACACACACUUGGAAUUUCCGUCGUCCAACAUCCACGUGGGUUUGACGCCGUUGACGAUGGCGCCGUCUUUGUGUUUUCCCCUUGCCCCGAACGCUUUGUCGAGCUUCAGAUCAUGCAGCAUAAACCCACAUUGUGGUUACAUCGACCUCUACUGGAUGAUCGCUGGCCGUCUUUGGAUAACUCUCAGAAUCUGGACUGGAUGUUGCAUGGAAGAAACAUUCACUCGACGCCAAGUUCAGAUUCGGAUUCAACGAGAGUCUCAGCUGGACAAGACCACCAGGGGAACUACCAAAGUUCUUGCGAGUCACAUCUGCGGGCCGAGUACCUCGUCAAUCGGGCUCUUUUUGAGCAUUCGAGACGAAGAUACAAGGCCUGGAAAUUGCCUAGUUUGCCUGUCCAUAACUAUCCGUUUGAGGGUGCGGCUUUAUUACGAUAUGAUGAUGAGGAGGUGGAGGAGUUAUGUGACGAUAGUGAGCCAUGAGAGAUGGCCUGGAUUCAAUCUCGAAAGUACACUUGUUGCAUGGCUAAUUGUUGGCUUCACAAACCAAGUAAGGAACAUUGAUCACAUCUUGAUAAUGAACGACAGACGUCUUGGUAGAUUUCAAUUCUACCCAAGC